AUGUCAUUCCGAGGAGGAGGUAACAGGGGUGGUCGGGGUAGGAUAAUGCUACCGUUUGGCCUAGAGUACUCCGAUAUAAAGCAAGAAUCAGAAGCAACAAUAGAGAAACCAAAAUACGUACUACCGGUUUAUGGAGCACCUAUAUUUAUUGAAGAACUAGCAGCUAAGCGAUCCAUUGCGUUUGCCAAGCUCAUGUCGGAAGGUCCCUUUUAUACGGCGAAUCUAGACAAUAUCAAACUAUCCACGGCCAGUAAAAACGCCAUGGCGCAUUCAAGGAAAGAAAAGUUUAUACAAGAUGAAAUAGAUAAUAAUAUACAUAAUGUGAGUGAAGAUGGAAUAGAACGAUAUUCGGAUAGAUACAAGAAAAAGAAAAAAGUACAUAGAACAAUAGAAGAUCAUCCGUACCAAUUGCAGUUUUUCCCAGAGGAGCUAUACCUGGUGAUGGGGGUUUCAAGUAAACAGAAACGGAAAUUAUUAUCACUAUCGAAAUUCAAAUCAAACGGUGGAUUGCGGCAGUUUGUAUCAGAGGAAAGAAAAGAGAUUGUAGAUGAGGACGAGAAAACGAAAUCAAAAGAGUUGACGGAACAAUUGUUUAAUCAAUUUGGAAAUGACGAUGAUAAUAAGGAGGACAAUAAAGAAGAGCAUAGUGAUUCCGAGGAUAUCGACGACGAAUUCGAAGACGAGGAAGACAACGAUUACAAUGCCGAGAGGUACUUUGAUGACGGUGAGGAAGGUGUGGGAGAGGACGAAGGAGACGAAGAAGCUGAGUUUUAG